UGUAACUUGGCAAAGAAGAACUCAGUGAGCUUUCAGAUUUGUCUCCUUGGAGCUGCUUCUACACUCGAAAGGCUAACUAACAAUGGACCCUUACGUGAUUAAGAUGAACAGCAAAGGCGCCCUCUCCUCGGUCCUGGAUGUGCAUGUCAACAUUGAUGGGAGGGGCUCUGUGCAGGGCAAAAAGAAGGGCAGGAAGGCCAGGUGGUCGGUGAUGCCGUCAGACACAUCCAACAAAACCUUCAAUCCCAUCCGGGCCAUUGUGGACAGCAUGAAGGUGACGCCAAAUCCAAAUAAGAUGAUGAUUGCUCUGUCAAUCGGGGACCCAACUGUGUUUGGAAAUCUGCCUACAGACCCUGAAGUCACUCAAGCAAUGAAGGAUGCCCUGGACUCGGGGAAGUACAACGGUUAUGCCCCAUCCAUUGGCUACUUGUCCAGUCGAGAGGAGAUCGCUUCUUAUUACCACUGUCCUGAGGCACCCCUGGAAGCUAAGGAUGUCAUCCUGACAAGUGGCUGCAGUCAGGCUAUUGAACUUUGUUUAGCUGUGCUGGCCAAUCCAGGACAAAAUAUCCUAGUCCCCAGACCUGGUUUCUCGCUCUAUAAGACUUUGGCUGAAUCUAUGGGAAUUGAGGUCAAACUCUACAAUCUGUUGCCAGAGAAGUCUUGGGAAAUUGACCUGAAGCAACUGGAAUCUCUGAUUGAUGAAAAGACAGCGUGUCUCAUUGUUAAUAAUCCAUCAAACCCCUGUGGAUCUGUGUUCAGCAAAAGGCAUCUUCAGAAAAUUCUGGCAGUGGCUGAAAGGCAGUGUGUCCCCAUCUUAGCUGAUGAGAUUUAUGGAGACAUGGUGUUUGCAGACUGCAAAUACGAGCCUCUAGCAACCCUCAGCACCAGCGUUCCCGUCCUGUCCUGUGGCGGGCUGGCCAAGCGCUGGCUGGUUCCUGGCUGGCGGCUGGGGUGGGUCCUCAUCCACGACCGAAAGGACAUUUUUGGCAAUGAGAUCCGAGAAGGGCUGGUGAAGCUGAGCCAGAGGAUCUUGGGACCUUGUACCAUAGUCCAGGGGGCUCUUAAAAGUAUCCUGCGUCGCACCCCUCAAGAGUUCUACCACAACACUCUAAGCUUCCUCAAGUCCAAUGCUGAUCUCUGCUAUGGGGCAUUGGCUGCUGUCCCUGGACUUAGGCCUGUCCGUCCUUCCGGGGCCAUGUACCUCAUGGUGGGCAUUGAGAUGGAACAUUUCCCAGAAUUUGCGAAUGACGUGGAGUUCACUGAGCGAUUAGUUGCGGAGCAAUCUGUCCACUGCCUUCCAGCAACGUGCUUUGAGUACCCGAACUUCUUCCGUGUGGUGAUCACGGUGCCCGAGGUGAUGAUGCUGGAGGCCUGCAACCGGAUCCAGGAGUUCUGUGAGCAGCAUUACCACUGUGCCGAGGGGAGCCAGGAGGAGUGCGACAAAUAGGCAGUGGUUGACCUUCUCUGAAGAUGUGCCCCGUUUGAAAUGUGCUGGGCUGGGCCCUGAUGCUCCUCUGGAAAUGGGUGUCUAGGGCAAGGGGCCUCAUCAACACCCCAUCACUGGUUCAGGAUUGCUCCUUUGUUCCCC